ACCAUAUACUCCAUCUUAUCGUCAUGACAUCUGCAUUCUAAACUCAUGUGACAUGCAUAUGAAAAUCAUGAGGUUUAGAACGCAAGAUGCAUAAUAUAUUAAAAAAAUGCUCUAAAUGACAAAAAUACUACUUCGUACUAUAUUUUACGUACUAAAGCUAUAGGAAUUUCGCAUAAAUACGAAAUUGUGUGAUUUUAUAUGAAACAUUCCGCAUAAAAACUUUUAGAUACUAAAAUUACAAGAACUUUGCAUAAGCAUGUAAUUGAUGAAUUGAUAUGAAAACAAAAAUAUAAAAAAUAAAAAUAAAAAUCUGGCAUGCACGCCGGAUUCCAUGGCGUUUGACUAGAAGAACACUCAUUAGAUUCUAUUAAAUUUGAUAUGGAGAUUGAGAUAAAGAUGGAGAUGGAGAUGGAGAUGGAGAUUGAUAAGUUCGUAUUACAACACGCAUUUGAUGCAUGUUGGGGUCGGAUUUUGAUAGUUUUCCUUGCUUUAAGGCGUUGCAAGACUCAAUUUUAGCUCAAGUUGUGAUUACCAGGCGUUGGGUCGAGUUUUGUUGCAUUUGGAGUCAAAUCGAGGAAGUUAGAGUUCGGCAAUCGGCGCUUGAGAGGCAAUCGGUAAGAGUUGGCGAACAUUCGAGAGAGAUUUGAGAGUUUUGGAGGUCACCGAGAGGUUCACGACGAAGAUUCGAUGAAGAAACGGCCUUUGGAUUGAUCAAAGAAGCAUUUGGGAGCAUUUGGAGCAAGAAAAGACAAGAUCUGAAGAACAAAAAGGCAGGCACGGUCGUGCCUGGCCUUAGGCAUGUUGUGCCUGCAGUUUAAAAACGUACCUGGUCGCUGGAAAGGCAGGCACGCCGUGCCUGGCUCUUAAGCACGGUCGUGCCUGCAGAAGAAAAAUGUACCGGGCUACUAGAAUAGCCGGGCACGCCGGGCCUGGCCCUUGGGCACACCGUGCCUGGACCCGAGGCGAGAAAACACGGGCUUUCUCCGUAGGCACGGUCGUGCCUGACCCAUGGGCACGCCGUGCCUGGACCCGUUUUCGGUCCUAAUUCAACCCGAAUUCAUCUGUUUUCUAUAAAUAAGGUCUCCCUUCUCCUAUUUUGAGGUUACGAACAUUACGGAGAGGCCUAGGAACGAAUUCAACACCGUUUUUACGCUAUUUUCUUCAAGAACCCCGGGAUUAUUUGUAAGUUCAUCUUUUUAAUUAAUGACAAUUAUUUCUAUUCAUCCCAAUUCUGUUGAUUCUUCAAUUAUGAAUUGUGAGUAGUUUAAUUAUGGAUUUGGGGUUGAUGAAGGGGUUAAUCAUGAUUGAUGGCUAGAUUCUUGUCGGUUUAAUUACAUGAAUGCCGUUUAAUUUGUGUUUGAAUAAUUUAACUGAUAUCUCUUGUAACCUAGAAUGCGCGCUAGAAUUACAAUUGCUUGUAAAUGAAUUAAGAGAGAUCUAAUUUAUUCUAAGACACAUUCACACACACUUAAUCGUUCGCUAAGAGAUUAGUAGCGAUUAAGGGGCCGUAAGAUCGCUAGUCUUGGCAAUAAUUUAGGAUCUUGUCGCAUGAGAGAUCAGCCUGGUCCCCUAAAUUAUUGUACUCUACGCCGCGAGAGCGGUAAGAACUUAGUAAUAAUUAGCUAGGCUCAAUUAAAUCAAUUUCAUGUAAUUAGGCCUGUUCUGCCAGAAAUCUGGUUACCCCGGAAUCAAUCUCUGUUCCCUUCGUCGUUAAUUAGAAAGAAACCACAUUUAUUUUAUUCGUUAAUCUGCAUCAGUUUAAUUUUCCAACCAAUCAAUCUCGCACAAUUGCAUUUUUAUUUUAUUUAUUUCUUUUUAAUCGCUGAAUUUAGUUAAUUCUAAUUUCCCUUUUGUCCGUCCCUGUGGAGACGAUACUCGUACUUUUCACCACUAUAUUACAUCAUUUUUAAGUGCGAGAAAACACACAUCAGUUUUUGGCGCCGCUGCCGGGGACGGUGUCGGAUUUGAGGAUAAUUAAUAUCAGCGACUUGUUUUAGUUUUUCGUAGGAUUUUUGUCUGCUAACCUUGCAGGUCAGAUCUGUUUAUGCAUACACAUUCAAAGAAGGGAGAAUCGUUUGUCCCUCUUAAUCCUGAGAUUGAGAAAUUUGCUACACAGAACCGCAAGGCUUUUCGUGAGAAGAACGCGACCAUGGAAUCUACAUCAUCUGGAACAGCUGGGACGUCUGAGGUCCAAACCACUUCUGGUAACCUUGAUUUCUAUGUCAAUACCUCUCCCCAGUCUUCACCCGAUAAUUCACCUAGAAUUUACUCGGGAUUUCAGAAUUUCUGCACCCCAUUCUUUCCUCAAAAUCAAUCCACUCCACAAUUGAAUCUUCCACCACUAUAUCAGCUUUCCCAAAAUACUUCUACUGCUCCUGAAACCACUUUUCAAAACCAAACUUAUGGGAUGCAAAGUAUAGGGCAAUCCAAUCCGGUCUUGACAGAACCCACCCCCAGUCACGCAAAAUCCACCCCUGACUCAACAGCAAACUCAGCCUUUUCAAAACCAGUUUCAACAGUUUCGUCAGCCCCAAGUUCAGCCUCAACCGCAACCGAACAUCAUCCGUCCACAACCUAUUCGACCACAACCAGUUAUUCAGCCUAGACAGUAGGCUCCUCCAUUCUAGAAUUAUGUUCCGCAUGACAACCCGCUCUAUCAAGGAGAGACCAUUGCAGAUUUCCUCACUCCGGAUAUUACAGAGUAUGACAGCAUUCAAGUGCCGGGAAUUACUGCACCCCGCUACGAGAUCAAGCCAGCGGUGAUCAACAUGGUCUUGAAUAUAAUAAUCAGUUUCGAGGGAGCCCUACAGAAGAUCCAGUGGCACACAUUACCAAAUUCUUGAGGAUGUGUCACACAUUCAAAAUCCCUGGGCUAGAUGACGAUCAGGUGAUUAUUUAGAGACCCGAGUAGAGGAGGAGAAUUAGGAGCGUCAGGACCUACUGUGAUGAUGCUUAUGUGGACUGAUGAUUGUAUGACCACGAGAGCGGUUUAGAAAUGCCUUAGUCAAACCUAGUCAAGAAUUAUAAUUCAAUUAUGUUGAACACUUGUUUUACUCUAUUUUGUUUUGGAAUAGCCUGUGCAUUCGGUUAAG